UUUUUGUGUGUGUGUUUGUGUAUUUUAGUAGGUUAACGCCAAUCGUCGUGGGGCAUAACUCGUUCUCUUUCAUAUUAUUUGUUUGUGUGUGUGUUUAUCUGCCACAACAAUAUCAUCAAAUUAAAGAUUCCCAAAAAUAGUCAAAAAUUUUUUCCUUGGUGAAAUUGAUUCGUGGAUCGCCUAUCCAUAAUAUGGCUCAUAGUGGUGAUAAUGAUACGGAAUCAUUCUAUGAUGAUAACCAAAAUAUUGAUGAUGCGACACCCGAUAUGAAAGUUUUCUUUUAUAAGAAAAGAUAUGAAGAGCUUCAAGCAGAAUUCGAAGAAUAUCAAUGUAGUAGUCGAGAAUUGGAAAAUGAACUUGAAACCCAAUUAUCACAUUAUGAACGUCGAAUAAAAGAGCUUGAGAUGAAAAAUUCUCACUUAUUGAACGAAAAUGAUAUAUUACGGAAUAAAUUAGAAAAAACAACCGUUGAUGGUAAUCAACAAACAAUUUUAUUGCAAGAAAAAUUGGCUGAAGUAACUUCGAUUAAUGAACAGUUAACAACGCAUAUAAGAGAAUUAGAACAAUCUAAUGAUGAUCUUGAACGAGCUAAACGUCAUCUAGAUGCAACGUUAGCCGAUUUUGAUGCAAAAUUAAAUGAACAAAUCGAGAGAAAUGAAUUAUUGGAAAGUGAAAUUGGCGAAAAAGAACAAUUACAGGUGGUGAUACAAAGGCUUAAGGAUGAAGCUCGUGAUCUUCGUUUAGAGCUAAUGAUACAACAAAAUGUGAAAAGUAAUAAUAAAUCGAAUAUUUCAACUACAACGCCUGAAGUUGAAACAUCUACAUCACCAUUGAAUCGUCGUGCGACAAUCUCAUCACCAUUAUCCGCCAAUAUUCAAACGACAAUUGUUUCAGAUGAUACUAAUAAUAAAAAUUGUAAUAUAUCAACAAACAGCACUGUGAUUCAUCAAAAUAACAAUAACAAUGCUUUGAAAACAUCGAAUCAGAUACCAUUAUUAUCAGCUUCUUCAAGAAUUUCGGCAUUAAAUAUUGUUAGUGAUCUGUUACGAAAAGUUGGAGCUUUAGAAUCCAAAUUGGCUUCAUGUAGAAAUAUAAUGCCCAUAUCUAGUUCAACAUCGGGUAACAGUGGUCUAAUGAAAACAAAUAUCACUACAAAUGGUACUACCGAUAAUAAAAAUAUCAUUAGCAACAACAACAAUGAUCAUCAUCAUGGACAAACGACAACAUUAAAAAAUAUCAAUGCUAAUGCUUGAUAUGAUUUUAAAUGGAAUGACAUUAAAAUCCAUUAAUUUAUUCAUCAACAAUGAUAUGACUAUCGAAUUUGAUUGUAACAUUAUUUUUUCAUCAUCAACAAUCGUUUUAUUAGAAAAAAUAACAAAUUAUAAACUAAAUUCUUAUUUAUUCUGUUUAGAAUUUCUGUUUUUGAUUAUUUAUUUAUAUAUAAAUAACUUUUUUAAAUAGCUCAAAACACAUCAUCUUGCACACUUGAAACAAUCCAUUUCCAUUUUUUUAAUUUAAAUUUCAAAAUUCGAUUUCGUUUUCAUCCACAUUCUUUCAUUUUUUCUUUCUAUUCGGCUGUACAUAAUCAUCGAGAAACAUCAGAUAUCAUUGAUCUGUUUGAUUGUCUUAAUUGAUUUUGAAUAAAUUGAUUGAUGAUUAAUUAAUUUAUAGAAA